AUGUACAAACCUCAGGCGAACGUCAGUCAGUUUCCAGAUAAUGUCAGUCACGUGUCAUCACAGAUGUCUGCAAUACUGACGUCAGACGCAUUCGACGGAAUGUCCAACAGGGACUUAGUCAGUCUGCGAUCGCCGAACGAUUCGAAAUGCAAUCUGUUUAAUGAAAACGACACAUCAGAGACGAACAGCUUCGGAACGGCGGCGGCGGCCAGCGGCUGUUCGGACAUCGCCCAACCGAGGCUGCCAUCGCCUGGCAACGAACGCUAUCAGACGAUGCUUAAAGAGGCAUUUAGUACGAUUAAACCUCGAUUUUGCACCGGCGGGGGCCAUGAUUCAGGUGUGGACACGAAUUUCAGUUUCUCCGAAAGGUCAACGUUGAGCACCGACCAGCGACCAGUGAUUGUGUCUCAUGACCUGUCUGAUCGAAAGACUGCAGGCCCAGUCGAAUGGUUGGAUAUUUCCGGCUUUUCGACGGUCAGCGAAGAAAACGGCAGUGUUGCCGACAGCGAGUCGACGCGCUUGGUCAAGGUCGACAGGAACCAGCCGUUGUCGUUUACACAGGCCAUUCGACUGCACGACUCGCUGACCGCCGUCUCUGACAAGAAAAUCAACAACAGACUGACGACGACUGCACGCAUGGCGACAAAAUCCAGGGAUAACAAGCCGAUCCAGGUGUAA